AAAAAUAAGUGUUGACCGAACACAGAAACAUGAAAACAACAGUACUCUACCAUUAUCAUCGACCAGAGCGACGGAACGGACUAUGUCGAACUUUCAACACAAAGCAUUGUGCAAUAACAAGUGCAAUUUAUAGUUUGAACGUUUCAAUUCUUGUAGUGCUGCUAUACUCGUGGCAAAUUAAUGUAAAUACCAGAAAAUCUCAGAUACUUGGAGAUGUAUAUUAUGGAGUUCAAAUAAGUUAUUAUGCAAUUAUAGGAAGUCAUUUAUCAAUAAUCGUAUUGAGUGUGGCGUUGUUUAUUGGAAUAAAUGCGGAAAAUGUGCCACUCAUCGCACCAUGGAUGAUCGGAAUCCUUUUGUUUAUGUCAAUAGAAGGAAUUUGUACAGUUUAUGCGAAUGUGCUACGAGAUCACAUAAAUGGACAUUUCGAUGGUCUCUGUAAAGCUGAAGUUAUAUUUUUCAUAGCUCGGGCAAUUUUUAAUAGUAUGGCAAUUUAUGCUGUCGUGAAAUUCUAUCAUGUCAUUCGUUCCGGAAUUUCUUUUAAAGCAAAUGAAACUGUUAUUGAACUCUGACAUAGCAGUAGCUUUGGAUCGGAUGAUGAGAAUAAGUCGUCGACAACAAUUUCUUUAUGCAAUGACGAUGAUGAGGAUGAGGAUGGAAGUGCAGACAGUAAUAAUAUGAAUGUUACGAGUUUUACGAAUGAUGACAUAUUUGACUGUUUUGAGGAUGCUCGAGAAGAUAAAAAUCGUAAGGAAAUUAAAAGGGCUGCUGAUGAGGGAAGUGAUGAAAAUGACUCACUACUCGUCGACUAUGAUGUUGAUUCUGUCGUAUCGUUAUGAUUUAAGAAAAAUAAAUAAUGUACAAUAAGUUAGACUCUUGCUUUAUGUUCUUCCUUUUGACAAAUAACAAAAAAAUGAGAUGCAUAAAAGUUUUGUGAAUAA